UGCCCGGGGCUCCCGCGCCUCCUCCUGGCGCUGUCUGGCGAGUCUGUCGCUCGGUGCCUGUCUCGCCUGCCCGGGCUCGUCCUCUGGGGACUGGAAAAACACCCAUGAUUUGAUGUUAAGGAGCUGGUUGGACACCCAUGAUUUGGUGUUAAAGAGCUGGGUGGUUUGUGGAAGUUUUCUCAGAUUCUUGUCCUCGUACUACUAAAAUUAUCCCUAACUAAAGAUGCAUCCAGACCUGUCUCCUCAUCUGCACACUGAAGAAUGUAACCUAGUUAUCAGUCUGCUCAAGAAGUGUCACAAGGAGCACAACAUUUUGAAAUUCUUUGGCCGUUGCAAUGAUAUUGACCGUGAGAUGCGGAAGUGUUUAAAGAAAGAGUAUGAAGAAAACAGGGCCAGAAACAAGGCGAUGCGACAGAAGCUAAUUAAUGCUCGCAAAAACUCGGAGAAGUGAGCUGCACUGUAGCUGGAUGGCUGCACUCAAUAGGGACACUCAGCUGAAAGUUGACAGAACACUUCCUUCCCAUCACCAGUGGUUGGUUAAAUAGUGAAAAAAUAAAUGCACCUAAUACAUACAUACUUAUUCCGAGUAAGACAAACAAUAUGGGAAAAAAUAAAUAUAAUAAAUGAUCACUCAGAACUUAACUUAGUUUUUGACCUCUAAGAGAAAACUAUUGUGGCAAGUCUUUGGGCAUAGUUUUGUCAUGAUUAAGUAAUGAGGAAUCAGUGUGUGUGGAGUUUUGCGUAUUCAUGGCUGCUACAUUCCCUACCUUGUGUUGAGUUGCAUUUAUUUCUAUGUGUUUAGCAGUUUCUCUUUCAUAUCUUUUUGCUUUUUUUUUUUUCCCUCCCUGCAAAACACCAAAUGACUUUUUCCAUUACUCUUAGUAGUGUUGUGAUAACACAGCUUAAGUGAAUUGUCAAAAGAAAUUUUAAACAGGUGUGGCUUGAAAUUGGAAAUUGCCUAUCAAGUAAUAACUGGAGUUCUAGUAUUUUUAUUGGAGCUAAAAUGAUGAGGCUACCAUCCUCCACUGAGAAGAUUAAAAAUCCUUCCUGCCAACUGUGUGUAUGUACAGCGUAGACUGUUGUAAGACAAUUUGUUCAUCUUACCCAAAGCAAGUGGCUUUAGAAAUUCAGAAUGGAACAUUUCCAGGGAUUUACAAAGCUUUGCCUUGAUUUUUGUUGAGUACAAUCAAUGCGUGCUGAGUGAUUUUUGAAGAGGAGCGCUGCCAAAAAUACAAGCUGAAUAGUUCUUCCAUGUACUAUGGUACAAAGGUGAAGUCAAGCUACGACUAUUGCUGCUGAAGGAAAACUCACACUGAAGUGAAAGAAAAUGUAACUUGCCUUUCAGUUAGGCAAAUCGACUAGUACUGUGUUAACCCAAGCUGCCUCCUUAGCCUACAGGAGCUGUUUAUUUGCUGCCAAACUGCGUAAAGUCCUCAACAAGUUUCUGAAUUAAGAAGUCUUGAUAUUAAAACAUGUUGGUUUGUGCGGUGAUGGAGCUGCUUCUCUGGGUGUCUGCUGGAUUCACCUUAUUUUUAAAUUACUUUUCUGUUCUGCCUAGCAACAAAAGAUUUCUUUUAAAAAAGUAAAUCUUAUUAAGCCAAAUAGAUUAAGUGUCUUGAAACCUUUUGAAAAAAAGGGUGCCUAUUCUACAAUGAAUUCUAUGGUUGGUUGUAAGAACCAUUGUUGAUGCUCAAUCUUGAAAUUAAUACACGCACCUGUUUUUGGAAGAAAGCUGUAUUUUGUCACCAAUUUUGAAAGAUUCAUUAGAUAGAAUAAUUUCACUUCUUUUUCAAUACCUGGAUGGACCUAGUUAAAUUGGUAAAACUUAACCACAAAUCUUUUCAGUGAAAGUUCCAAGAAAAGCUGAAACAGUUGUUUCUGCAUCUUUUGACAUGCCGUCUGCUUUCUUAGAACAAGUAAGUAAUGCAUUAUUUGAGUUAAAUACUUGAGUGGUUGGAAGUGGUGCAGUCUUUUUAUUGGUACUCUUCAGAAUACUCUUGAUGAGUGUAGUGAAGUUCCCUAACUGGGAACUCUGCAUCCUUGAUCCUUCUUCCAUUUGUGAUGACAAAAUCUACUUCAGGCAAGCUCUUAAAAAGGAUUUUGUGAUGCUUGUAAUUUUGAAGUAAAUAAAUUGAGAAUUGUCCUAGAGAUUAGGUUGAGAAGCUGAUAUUUGAGUGCAGAAGCACUGAAGCUUUUAUUUCUUUCAUCAGCUUCUGUGAGUCCAGAUCUUUCACUAGAACAGCAACAAAAUAAGGAUCCAAGAGCCACUUAACACAGCUCAUUAGUCAGAGUCAUGUUUUCAAAGAUCAGUGUGCUUAAUGAAUGAAAGACCAAAUGGCACACACAAUUUUUAUUGAUGCUUUGGACUACGUUUAGCAAUAAAUCUAUUUUACAGAUAAACUUUGUUUACCUAGUGAAAGUAUCAUCAUGUUCAUCCUUCUGUUUCUCUUCACUAAUUGCCCACUAGUAGUGUGAUAUGAGAUUGUCCAUUGAUUCCUGUUUGUUCCUUUUUUUCUGAGAAGGGUUAUGUUGCUAAUUUGAUGUUGAAGCUGAGAAACAGUAGUGUAAUAAAAUAAGACUUACAAUUUAUCUGACAGGGUAAGGGUGAAAUGGUAAUAUUUUUUCUUUUUGUUCCCUCAAGUGAGCUGAGUGGCAAGUAGGGAACAUGUUGGGUGAAAUAAACCUUAUUUAUAAGGACUCUGAAGACACUUUAUUAUAAUGUCAUUUGUGUAUAGAAGCAUUUUCUCCAUUGUUCUUUCUGCAGGAGCAAGCCUGAGAGAGAAGAAAAAAUGAAAUUAGAUGGAA